CAUCUUGACUGAUUACGACCCAAUGAAUAAGGAAAAUACAGAUUCUGUCGCAGAUGCCGAGGGAAAUCGUAGGCAGUCCUUGUUUGCGGGAAAGGGUAUCCUAAAAGAGACCGACGCGACAUGGCCUCCAACUCGGACAAAGGAUCCGCUGCAAAACGACAGACUGAAUCAAACGGUCGCAUUUGAGAAAGAAUCAAAGAAGCCACGAAAGUCGUUGGGCAGGCGCGUCUCAUUUGCUCCUAAAGCCCAUAUACGUCCUUUCAAAGAAGAUUCCGAUAAAUGGGAUGAUGUGCUGGGCUCUGGACCGCUCUUUGGAGAUGGUGGAAUUACCAAGUUUGAAAUGCCCGAUCUUUCCUCUGUACGCCGAAACAGUGGGAUCUUCAACAAUAUUCGCUUAAGCUUAGGAGCCGACUCACAUGAAGACACAAGCUACGAAGUGGACUUAAAAGGUCCGGCAGACGCGAAGAGUAGUGCUGAUGAAACUGACUCAGAUAUUAUGAUGGAUGACGAGACAUGGUCAGAAGACACCAUCUCGAUUUCGGCUAGCAAAUCGGCAGUGGUGCCUGUUCCCCAGAAUAGCGGCGAUGACGAUAGCAGGCGCAGACCGCGCGAUAGCAUUGCAGCCUUUUUCCAGCAUCCCAGACCUCACCACGAGCCUUUGCUCGGGGAAACUCCUGUGGCUCCCCCACCUGGUCUAGUCCUAGACAAACGGCGGAUGCCACGUGACAGUAUCGCAGCCUUCUUUCAGCACCCGGACGACGAGUCAGAAGCCGAGAAUGUUGAGGAGCCGCAUGCUGAAAGUGACGAUGACAUCGAAAUGGCCACUGAGGAUCCUACUCAAGCCUCGGUGGCGGAUCGCAUCCUUCCGGACGAUAUUGUUCCUACUGAGGAAGCUGAAUGGACGGGUUAUCCGGCAGUCCCUGUGGAGGAAACUCGGCUAACGGAAAACGAAAAGAUCAAAAGAACGGAAGAAGAUAUUGCAAUCUCCAUGGAUGUGUCUCUUGGAGAAGGCCGUGUCUCACCACGAUCUGUUCCUAAGAAGAAGGAACUUGUCAAGUUUGAAGGGGAGCUUGCCCAAAGUGAUCUUCCUGCAUCCCAAUCGGGGCAUGUUGAUAUCGUGGAUCCAUUUGAGCAGGCAGAGGGCAAUCAAGCCUUUCUACGCUCGGCCGACGACCCUGCACAUCCCUCAGUGCUCAACUCUGACCCUGUGGAUGACACAAUAGCCGGCUUCUUCACCCGCGUGAAUUCAAACGAUGAAAAAAACAAGGAUGUACCUGAAAUCUCUUCAAAAUCUGUAAACAAUAACCGGGUUUUAAAUCAGCUGAAGACAAUAACGCAUCUAGAAGAUCGCGACGACACGAUUGGCCGGUUUUUCUAUCAUGACUCGAAUACGAACGAAGGAGGAAUGCUGCGUCGUACUCUGGAAGCCGAUUCGUCUGAUGAGGAAUGCCAUCAGGAUCCAACCGUCGCUAUGGAUCUCACGGAAUGUGCCACGCGGGUUUUAAGCACCCAUGUCGAUGAUACCACUUCAACGACUGGCAGCGUAAUGUCAAAUACGCCAACUCGAACGGCAACAAAGCGCCGCCGCAGCUCUGUCUCAUCUGUACAGCGCUUGUCGAAUUCCAAAAAGGCGGCCAAAUCUCCGAGCAUUGAUGCUAUGCCAUCGCCGAUUCCUACCGCAAUCACACAGCAAUCACCAGGAGCUUCUGAACAAUCAUCCCUUCUCGAGAAAGAUGCCACCUCCCGAGCGGCUCCAUCUCCAUUCCGCCGAUCCAGCUUCGCGUCAGAGUUUGCAGGAGAUACAUCUUUGGCAGGAAUUGAGGAUGUUGAGGACGAUUUGAUGAAUGAACAUCUCUCCAUGCUUGAUGACUCUCUUAUGGAAGAGGCAGAACCAAAUGCGGUGGCCACAGUGAAAGAAUUCUUACAAGCGACGGGAAUAUACUUCCAGGAUAAUCUGACCACAAGCUUCAGGCGAGAAACGAACGCUUAUUUGCGCACAUCAGAGCAACCGACAGAUAUUGAUUAUUAUAGAGCAGCCUUACUUUGGUCAUCGGAGUUGGACACAUAUGAAUUCGGGUGCAAAGAACUUCAAAAAUACAUUGAAGAUAUUCGAGAAGAACUGAUACAGAUUGAAGAAGAUGCUGAAGCAAAUGUCCCACCAAUUUUCUUUGACGUUGUAGACGGAACAUCUGAGGAGCGGGCUCUCAUCCAGCGUCAACUGAAAGCAACCCGAUCUAUAACACGAGCUGAAGCUAAAGAAAGUUGGCAUGUUUGGCGAGCUAACUUGCUGAAUAACCUGUCUGAAGACUUCACCUGCAAUUUGGAACGGCUUGAAAAAGAUGAACGGAUCAUCCAAAAAUUCGCGGAUCGUAAUGCGGACAUGAUAACAGAAGGACAAAAGUACAGAAGUCAGAAAAUGAUUGAGCUGGAAAGUGCUCGCAAUCGAUUGGCAGAAGAAGAACAAAGCGAUAAUGAUCGGUUGGUUGCACUUAAGCGACGGGAGGCCGAACAACAAGCCAGACUCCUCGAGCUGAAAGCGGAAAGCGAGCAAUUACGGCUGUUAUGUGAUCAAGAACAGGCCCGCGAGAGCGAGUUGUUGAGGAAGAAGGAUUUGCUAUACCAGGCCAUAGAGAAUGCUGAAAACAUCUGUAAGGAGCUGAUGAUCUUCGACCCGGAAGAACUUUCGACGCUGCGAAGCGAGUACAAGCUCCUUACGUCCAUGUUUCCUUGGACAACGGUUCAUAUCGCAUCAAAUAAAUACAUCCUUGCCUAUGAUAAUGCAAUUGAAGUGGCUUUUAUUAAAGUCGAUGACAACCAUUUUGGAGUUGAGCUUUCUGUGUCAGAGCCAAAGAAACCGUCGAUAUUGAGCAUAGUGCCUGCGUCCAUAACCGGGGGCCGUGUUGUUGUAGAUGCACUUGGGCACGACAGUGUAUGCGGUAUAUUGAAAAAUGCUCAGCAACAGAUUGGUAUAUGUCACGGACCGAAAGAUUUUUCCAGGGUCAUUAGUCACACCGCCUACAUAUGGAAUGGCCUGCGAAAGCUGUACCACGACAUCGAACUGGCUCGUGACGAAUAUGACAUCACAUGUGUUAGACCACCUGCAGAAGAGAAGCGCGCGGGACGCGGGGAUCAUUUUCUAGGAUUACAUGUUGUGUGUUUCUGCCAUAAGACACAUGUUCGAUUCGAAGUCACUCUUUGGGUUGCGGGAGAUGGCAAAGCGGAGGUGUACCCAUCUGGACGUAUGGAUUGGGACGUGAACAUCACUUACGGUGGCGUCAGCCGGAAGGAGAUCGAUGAUAUCCUCUCUGCUAUCCCUGCCGCUCCUGGAAGACUGAUGCACAUUUUGAGAGAAUUAGAUCGGAUGACCAGGACCGUGGCAUCGAAAUGGCAUGUACCCAUCUAAUACAGUAUAUAGCAAUAUUUAUGUACAUAAGAGUUUCCAGUUGCUCAUUGC